AUGGGAGAUGACGGGACGGGUAGUUGGGUCAAUCCAGCCGCGGUCAUCAAGCGAAAGCGCAAGAAGACAACUAGGGCAUCAAUCGCUUCGAAGACUUCAACGGAGGAAAAAGAAAACCUCCCAAAGAAACCGCUAAAAACAUUCAACCCUUUCGCUAAGCUCAAGGAACAGACAAAUGAUCCAGCUAAUACGUCCUUGGGAUUGAGCUCCCUUACAGUCGAUUCCCAAACGGAUGAUUCACAGAAGGACGAGAAAGCAAAUGCUAGAGAUAAUGAGUUUCUAUCGGCGCUGGAAAACCACGGUAAUGUCACCGACCUGCCAAAUAUCGAGGACCGCUUCAAAUUUGAGAAUAUUCUAAACGGAAGCAAUGGCAGAAGCCUCCGAAAUCGAAGAAGAACCAUUGCCAACAUGAGAGAUCUUGACGAUGACAGCGCUCGCGACGGAUUCACUGCCCAAAACAACCUCAAUCAAACUUGCAGCAUCCCGCUCGACUUCAGCAUCAAGUCGAAGAUGAAGAUCAAAUUUUCCGACACAAGCGCACUCCGACGAAUUAAAAAGGAAGACUGGAACACUGCGAUUUCGGUGACACCUGCUGAUCCGACCAAGCUCUCACAAAAGCUUGCCGCAGCUUGUCUGUACUACGCCUGGCCGGCGACCAUUGGAAAGAAAUUCUACCCGAGGUACGCUACUGAUUUUGAACCAUCGAGCCACGGCCAACGCGCAGAGUACUGGACUCAAUUCGAAGAAACUAUCGACGCUGCCUUUGACGCGCUCAAGACCAAGUUCCUGCCGCUUUUCUACGUCUUCACUCGCAGCUACUCAAUUGUCUUCUACACUCACGAUGGCAGCUCGAACCCGAACAACGAAGACAGCCAGUCUCAAUCUGCGCUUUCUCAAUCGUCCUUUCAUUCCAAAGCGGUUCCCUCUUUCUGCAUUCGAGCUGUAAUUGCGCCGGCGACGCAAGGGCUCAAAAACAAGCUCAUAAAAGAGGGAGUCAAAGAAAGCCCCAAAAAAGAAGGAGACAACGAGGAAGACGCAGAUGCUUGCUCCCCAAAACCGAAAUUCCAUCGGAGCAAUAGUUGCUCCGGUAGUAGCUAUCGAUCGAGGGCACUGCCUGAUCCCGACUUUGACUUCAAUCCGGACGACGAUGAAAGCUGGGACGCACUGCGGGCGAUGAACGUUAUCAAAAUGAAGUCCACGACCGCUUAUGAUACCAAAUACCACGACGGAAAAGGCAAGACCUCUCUUUCUGAUAUUUUGAAUAACCGAAUGUCCUUUAGAUUACGCCGAUUUAAUUUCCUCGUCGAUUUAAAAAGUCGCCCGGAAUGGAGUUCCCCCAACCAUCAUCUCUUCCGCCCCUUUCGCCAAUUCCACGGUCAAAAACUCGAUGUGAAGUCUGGUGCCGAGCAAAUCAACAUCGAAGGAAUCCUACUACCCGUGCACCAGUACGAAAUUCACAAAGUCCUUCACGAGCUAAUGCAAAAACGGACGAUUAGAGAAUACGAGGUCGAGUAUUUUACUGAUAAACCGACCAAAUCAUUGAGCAACUAUGUCCCCGGAAGAUCUCUUGAAAACUCUUCGGACGAAAAUGUCAAGGAUUUCCUUUCUUCAAAGCCCCAAAGUCUCCGUCAGCUCAAAUGGAAAGACGACAUUUUCAACAUCGUUUGA